AUGGAGUCAUAUUCCCAAGACUACUCCAAAUACCGCUCAUACGACCACCUCACACCCCUCGGCCAGCGCCAGAACUCGUACAAAACCAGCGGGGGCAGCGCCAGCUUUGAACCCCCGGGAUCCGUCAGCUUGGGGAGUAUCGAGCUGCCAUUUGCCGCCAGCACGAGCCGCAGAGCAGAGAACAUGUACGGCCGGGGAGAGGCUUAUGGGUGGUCGCUGGGAGAGAAAGGGGUGCCAUCAAAGAGCGACCGGCCAUGGGAGCGCGACUCGCCGAGGAAUGGGAAAGACGAGUCGGAGCCAGCGGAGGAGGAUGACAGUGAUCACGAGACCAAGCCGGAGGUGGUCCUUCCCUCAUCGGGGCCUACUGCUAAGAGAGGUAGUAAAGCGUGUGUUGCUUGCCGAAAAGGAAAGAAUCGCUGUGAAUGGGAUCCGUCUGCCAAAAAGACAACCUGUCGGCGAUGUAUGCUGAACGGCACAAAGUGUGUUUUCGAAAAGGCUUCAGAAAAGUCUCGAGGAAAGAGUGCGACCGUGGUAGAGCUUCAGGGAGAAGCUGAUGAUCGUGUCCGGUCUCUGGAGAAUGCUGUGCAAGCUCUUACCGAUAGCCACAAUCAGAUGCAAACAGCUCUUCACCACGUAUUCAAACUCAUCCCUCAACUUUCAUCCAACGGUCCUUCUCCGGGUAUGGCGCCUUCCACAAUAUUCACCUCUCCCAUCUCUCCGCCUCAAAUCUGGCCGCCAGCUGGUCCCCGACUUGUCUCCAACGAACGCAAUAACGUCCCGGGAAGACCAAAGUCGCCUCAAAACAUAGCUUCCGGGAGAAAGGGAUCAGUCAGCGUCAAGAAGGACAAGGAGGACUUCCCUCCUCUACCAGGCUAUGCCGCACCUUCUAGCCACCGUUUUGGCACUUAUGGUAUCAUCCCAAUCCCUUCCGCGGCUCCAUCAGCACACCACUCCCCUUCCUCUUCCCGCUCAUCUUCAUCUUCUCGCUCACCCAAAGAGUACCCUAGCGCCCUCCCACACGAAAGCCUCACAGCUCCUAUCCAGGCGCUCGAAGCGCUCGCCAACGCAGCUGAUCAAGCGGCCACUUUGGAAGGGGGCAAGGAGAAGCGCGGUGAAGGGUCUAGUGACGAGGAUCAUACUUUGCGAGCGAAAGGGAAGGGAAAUCUCAGGGACGAGGUGGGAGAAGAGAGGGGGAGGAGCAAGAAGAGGAAGCGCGUGGCGAUAGAUGUGACGGAGAAGAAUGUUCAUUCGCGGUUGAUGAAGAAGACGAGGCCGGACCCGACGCCGAGAAAUCCGUUCCCGGACGUCAUCACAAAGGGCUUGGUCUCGGAGACGGAAGCUCGAGAGCUUUGGGACGUAUUCUUCUCGGGCUGCCAUUACUUUCUUCCAAUCUUUGACAAGUCCUACGAUACGUUCGAAACCUUUGUCGACCGUACGCCAUUCUCCACGAACGGCCUCUUCGCUGUCGCCGCCAAGAUCCGCGCUGGCAACGGCCCACCGGGGCAAACAUUCGAAAGCUGCCUCGCUGAAGGGCAAGGGAUAGCUAGGAGUACUCUGUUCGGGCCAGUGGUGAGGAAAGAGGCGGUUUUGGCGCUGGUCAUUCUGAGUGUAUGGAGUCAGAAUGGGUGGCUGCCUUGUGGACAUGCGCUGAGAGCGGGGCUGGAUAUGAAUCUUCAUCGUGCCCUUGAUCGCUUGGCUAUCAAAGAUGAAGAGCGGUCCGAAUUUGAAGAACGCGAUCUUGUGGUGUCUGCGAGGAUAUGGCUGAAUUGCUAUAUGCACGACCAUCUCGUCAGCUUGGGGAAUGGAAAACCGCUGAUGUUGAGAGACGACUCUUCGGUGCAACGGGCUAGAGAGCUUAUAUCCCACCCAAUGGCUUCGGAGACGGACAUGAAGCUGGUCGCCAGCGUCGAGCUCGUCAAUCUGAGAAUCAAAAUCCUCGAACAUCUUACCCCCCUCCACGGCAAAGUCGACACCUCCACCAUAACAUUCGUCAAAUCUUCCUUCACCUCUCUGCGCUCUUGGUACGACGAAUGGUACAACUUUCACAAGCAGCGCGGGUACGACGACGAGUGCGUCCUCAUCAAACUUAUGGAAACGGAGCGCGUCUAUGCAGAGAUGUGGACGGUAUGUGUAGCGCUGAGAGGAUGUGCGUGGGAUAAGCUUUCGAAGGAACAGCAGGAUCUGGCGUUCUAUGCCAGGGAUUCGGCUUGGAGAUGUUUGGAGAUCUUUUUACGGGUGGACAACUUUAGAAAGCAUCUAAAGUAUGCGACGCACGAGCAUUUAGUCUCAGUAGCGUUCGCCGCCGUCUUUUUGCUCAAAGUCGCCAUCCUAUACCCCACAUCGCUCUCCCGACCCCUUCUCAUCUCCCAAGUCACUGAACUCGCCCACCUCCUCUCGAAUGAAUGCUACGCCGAGCGAUACGCCCUCACCCUCCGCCUCAUGCUCGCCAACUUUCGCCGUUCGACUGGCGCUCUAUCGACUGUUCCAGGUUCUCCUCGCUUGGCCGGAAGUGCGUCCGCAGCGCAUGUUCAAGGCUUUGGCGGUCUGGCAAUGAGCACACUGAGUGAAUUGGACGGAGGUCUGAACAGUUUUUUGGAGUUACCAGCUGGUACAAUGGGUCAAAAUGGCAAUGGAUUGGACGGCGUAUCCGGCAUGGGUCAGGAUGUAAAUGGGGCGGCGGUAGGCAUGGGUAUGGAGGGUGAUGCGGGUAUCUGGAAUAUGAAUAGCUUGGAUGGGUUCGACUGGUCGAUUGAGCUUAGCCCGAGUUUUAUUCCAGUGUGGCUGCAGGAUGGCAAUACAACCGACUUGGGUCUACCUGCAGAUGGCUCCGACUCUCUGUUUCUUCCUCCCGAACUCGCCAACAUGUUCUUACCGGCAAAUAAUCAGCAAAAUCACAUGUACCAGUUCUCUAUGCCAGAUUCGGGGAAUGUGGGCGCUGAGGCUUGGUGA